GGUGUAACAGUUUUCCUCUGUGCUGAUGCUGCCCGUGUUUCCUGUUUAGGAUCGGUUUGCAACUAGCUAACCAUGGCGGCGACAGAGGUAACUCGGCAAGCGGGAGAAGGUCUUCGUACUGUUCCUCUGUCUGGUCAUGUGGGCUUUGACAGCAUGCCGGACCAGCUGGUUAACAAGUCCGUUAACCACGGCUUCUGCUUCAACAUCCUCUGUGUGGGUGAAACUGGUCUGGGGAAGUCCACUCUGAUGGACACUCUGUUCAACACCAAGUUUGAAGGGGAGCCCGCCCAGCACAGCCAGCCCGGAGUCCAGCUCAAAUCCAACACCUACGAGCUACAGGAGAGCAACGUGCGCCUCAAACUCACUGUGGUCAACACCGUGGGGUUCGGAGACCAGAUCAACAAGGAGGAGAGCUACAAGUCAGUCGUGGAGUUCAUUGACACGCAGUUCGAGGCCUACCUUCAGGAGGAAAUGAAAAUCAAACGCACGCUCCACAGUUACCAUGACUCCCGGAUCCACGCCUGUCUGUACUUUAUAGCCCCCACUGGCCACUCGCUGAAGUCCCUCGACCUGGUCACCAUGAAGAAGCUGGACAGCAAGGUCAACAUUAUACCAGUCAUUGCCAAAUCAGAUGCCAUCUCCAAGAGUGAACUGACGAAAUUCAAGAUCAAGAUCACAAGCGAGCUGGUCAGCAACGGCGUGCAGAUCUACCAGUUUCCCACCGAUGACGAGACUGUAGCCGAGAUCAACGCCAACAUGAAUGCCCAUUUGCCAUUUGCGGUGGUUGGAAGCACUGAGGAAGUGAAGAUUGGGAACAAGAUGGUGAAAGCUCGGCAAUACCCCUGGGGGACAGUCCAGGUUGAAAAUGAGAAUCACUGUGACUUCGUGAAGCUGAGAGAGAUGCUGAUCCGAGUGAACAUGGAGGACCUCCGCGAGCAGACCCACGCCCGUCACUAUGAGCUGUACCGGCGGUGCAAACUGGAGGAGAUGGGCUUCAAAGACACGGACCCCGACUGCAAGCCCUUCAGUCUGCAGGAGACGUACGAGGCCAAAAGGAACGAGUUCAUGGGAGAGUUGCAGAAGAAGGAGGAGGAGAUGAGACAGAUGUUUGUCCAGAGAGUCAAGGAGAAGGAAUCUGAGCUCAAGGAGGCAGAGAAGGAGCUGCAUGACAAGUUUGACCGCUUGAAGAAGCUGCACCAGGACGAAAAGAAGAAGUUGGAGGACAAGAAGAAGCUCCUGGACGAUGAGCUGAACGUCUUCAAGCAGAGGAAGACGGCCGCUGAGCUGCUUCAGGCACAGGCGCUGCAGGCAGGAGGCUCCCAGACCCUCAAGAAGGACAAGGAGAGGAAAAACUUCUUUUAAAUCUGUCUUCGCCACAUGUUUGAAGAGGGGGAUUGCAGCUUCUACAAGAAUAUCCCGUUUGUCGGGUUUAACUUUUAUUCUGUGUGUCCUGUUUUUUUUUUUUUUAAGCAAACCUUUAUGUGAGCUUUACAUGGUAUAUGUUUGUUUUUUUACACAGUUCCAGCCUCAGUAUUAUUGCAAAAGGGCCUUGAAGACCUUUGAUGGUCGUUUAUAAUGAUCUAAACAGCUAUGGAUACUUGAUACUGUCUUCCCUAAACUGCUCGCAGGAUUUAUUUGUGGCAAAUGCCAGGAAUAAUACUGAGAGGUGAUGUCCAGAUCCAACAUCAUGGCAUGGCUGAAUGGCCAUUGUUUCAUUUAUAAGGGCUUUUCAUUGAGAUACAUGUGAUCCAGGGAUUCCGUGAGGUCACUGUUCAUAGUGGACAGAUGGCCGCCUUCCAAAACUAACAUUGCAACUGGCAUCUACAGGUCUAGAAAGAACAAUGAACUGUAGGAUUGUUUGAUUCUCCACACACACACACGUCAAUGGGGCUAGCAUACACAGCAGCUAGCGCUAUCUCUGUUUCAAACCCAUCACACAGAACACAGCAGGGAUGCCAGUACAAUAAAUUGUCUGAAAAAUGUGCGAUAGAAAAUGUCUCGUCAGUGUUGUGGAAUAAUGGAUUGCGGAUUAUGUAUUCGAACACUGUAGAGCCAUCGUGAAUUGCAGGGUGAAACGGAUUCAAUCAUAGUGCUUGUACGUGCAUUGUAAGAAAUAUUUUAUAGAUGCAAGUCAGUUAGCUGUGUUUGUUUCAUAUACUGAAGAAAUGAAAUACCAUGUGGACCCACAUUCAGAGUCUCUCCAGCGUGCUUUUAGUAUUUCCUGUCUAAUCUGUAUGGUCCCUGCAUGUCUCCCCGGCACUGUCUUCUGUCAGACUUGUUUAACUGAACUCUUAUUUUGUAAUAAUGAAUUUUUGCACUGCUCAUUUCCAGAAGAAAUGACUGGAUCCCUCUUUGGUACUGAGUUGUGACCCUUGUUUUUGUGUUAAAUUAUAAACAGAAAAGAUGAAUGUUUUAAUUUCUGUACAGUUUGAUACAUUUGUUUGCAAAAUACGCUGCCGUCUUGACAGAUGUAUUCAAUCAUCUGGAAUGAGCGAGUGCCAGGAAUGGUGUGGCUUGCAUAGCUUAUUUAUAUACUUUAUAGUAAAUCUAUUUUGUGCAGUAAUACUCAAAAAAACAAAAGUGAAAACUUGCAUAAGAAUUUUAAAAUGACUAUUGACUGUUCUUCAUACAGAGCUUUCUUUUUUUUUUUCCUUGUUUAAACCUUUUUGGUCAAAGUUAGUGUCCUAGUUUGGAUGCCAUGUAUGUCAGAAGAGGUUCUCCCAUACAUCAGAGUUGAGCACUUCACUGUAGUAUGAUAGCACUAGUGAACAUUUUCAAU